AUGUCGAAGGCAAUCAUCAUCUUCGAGCGCAUCCAGCUCGUCAUCCGUGUCCUCACUCUCAUCCUCAGCUACGGCAUCAUCGCCCUCUGGAUCUUCGUCGCCGUCAAAUGGGACGACCCCGAUGGCGCAAGAGAAAGUUAUCUGGACGCCCGGGCUCUUAGGGACGUGAAUUUGUGGUUUGGAAUCCCAUUGGUCUGCGCCACUUUCGCUGCUGGUUUCGAUACCUGGGAGAUCAUUGCGCUUUCAGGCCCUGUUCGAACUCGAGCUCGCCCCGGCGUCCUCCUCACCCAUGAAUUCCUCAAUAUUCUAUGCCAGGUGUUCGGUAUGGUUUUCGGAUACAGAUCCCCCCACAACGAGCUGUAUUACAAUAUAGCGGACAGCGGAUCACAUUCGUUUACGAAAAUGUAUAAUGAUGUUGCCAAGGUCUCUAUUGCCUUUUUGGCCGCGAGGUGUUUCAUGUUUAUGAUCGUCGUGUUUGAUGCAUGUUUCUGGGAGGGAGGACGAGAACUUACGGUGCGCAGGAGGAUACCAGAGUGGAAGAAUCAGAUUUAA